AUGGAUUUGCUGUUGUUUCUGUGCUGCGUCGUAGCAAGUGUUUGUGUUCGCCUCAGCACGGCUGACAGACACAGCGUUUUCUGGAACAGCACCAACCCAAACUUUCAGCUGGACGAGUACAUAGUGGAAGUUCGUCUGAACGACUACCUGGACAUCGUGUGCCCACACUACCCGUUGGGCACAGUGCCAUCUCAGGAGGCAGAGAGCUACGUGCUGUACAUGGUGGAGCGCGAGGACUACGAGACGUGUCGGCCGCAGUCCUACGAUCAGAUGCGCUGGGAGUGCGGACAGCCGUUUGCCCAGCACGCGCCCGAGAAGUUCUCAGAGAAGUUUCAGCGCUAUACACCCUUUACCCUGGGCAAGGAGUUCCGCCCAGGCCAGAGCUACUACUACAUCUCCAAACCGUUGCACCACCAUGGGCAAGAGUGUCUGAAAAUAAAAGUGGAUGUGAUCGCUAAUGAUGGAUCACAAGAGGCUAGAGUUGGAACUGGCAAAGGAAGCAAGGUUGGAAGUGAAGGCGGCGCUCACAACCCAUCUAACAGAUUACCAGCAGACGAUCCGGUCGUAUCCCAGCCAGACGUUCAGAAAAGCGUCCGGACGAGCUCGUCCGUCACCACGGCGUCCAGCACCGUCCUCACGAUACUGCCCUCUUUAUUAUUACUGCUGCAGUUCACACAGUAAGGACAUUUCAUAGCACUACAAUGCUGCAGGACUACACCAAAGGUGGCCUGUGUCGACCAUAACACACAGGAGUUCUCAGAAGCCCAGUGCUGGUCACCGGGGGAAAAAGAAGGCCCA